AUGAAGGCUACGGGUUCUCCUUCACUCGAUGGAUUUAGUGUUCUCAAUGCAAUUAAUGCUACCUCAGAUGCGUGGAGCAAAGUUACUCAGGAAACAAUUAUGAAUGCUUGGCUAAAAACAGUUGUGAGAGAAUUUGUAGAUAUCGACACCGAUGUUGCUUUUGAGAUGCCAUCUGACGAUGACAUAAUCCGUAAUAUUAGGAAUAAGGAUGACCAUUCCACUGAAGAAGAAAUAUUAGAACCAGCACCUAAAAUUACGGAUCACGAUGCUUUGAAAGCUUUGGAUUUAAUUGAAAUGUAUCUUUUACAACAACCCAAUGAUUUUAUAGCUACUGAUAAUGAUAGAAAUACUGUUCGUAGAUUGAAAAAGGAGGUUUCACGAUUCUCUGCUCUUCAAAAAAAGCAG